AUGCCAAUCGGGAGCUUGGAAAACUACUACCACUUUCACCACAGCAAGACGUUUAAGCGCUCAACACUGAGCAGUCGGGGACCACACAACUUCCUCCGCAUGGACCCCAAGGUGGACUGGCUGCAGCAGCAGGAGGUGAAGCGACGGGUGAAGAGGCAGGUCCGAGGUGAGCCGCACGCCCUGCCCUUCAAUGACCCAGUGUGGCCCAACAUGUGGUACCUGCACUGCGGUGAUAAAAGCAGUCGCUGCAGGUCGGAGAUGAACGUCCUGGCAGCCUGGCAGAGGGGCUACACUGGCAAAAAUGUGGUGGUCACCAUCCUCGAUGACGGCAUAGAGAGGAACCACCCCGACCUCCUGCAAAACUAUGACCCUCUUGCAAGCUACGAUGUCAAUGGGAAUGACCACGACCCGACUCCACGCUACGAUGCCAGUAACGAGAAUAAGCACGGCACUCGCUGCGCAGGGGAAGUGGCGGCGGUGGCAAACAACUCGUACUGCAUCGUGGGCAUUGCCUACAACGCACGCAUCGGAGGCAUUCGUAUGUUAGAUGGCGAUGUAACAGAUGUUGUUGAAGCGAAGUCGCUUGGCAUCAGACCCGAUUACAUUGACAUUUACAGCGCGAGCUGGGGGCCAGAUGAUGAUGGGAAGACAGUUGAUGGACCUGGUCUAUUGGCCAAACAGGCUUUUGAGCAUGGCAUUAAAAAGGGCCGCAGGGGCUUGGGGUCCAUUUUCGUCUGGGCAUCAGGGAACGGCGGCAGAGAGGGCGAUUACUGCUCCUGUGAUGGCUACACCAACAGCAUCUACACCAUCUCCAUCAGCAGCACCACCGAGAACGGCUACAAGCCCUGGUACCUGGAGGAGUGCGCCUCCACCCUCGCCACCACCUACAGCAGCGGGGCUUUUUACGAACGGAAAAUAGUCACCACGGACCUCCGGCACCGCUGCACGGACGGCCACACGGGCACCUCUGUGUCCGCCCCCAUGGUCGCGGGCAUCAUCGCCUUGGCUUUGGAGGCAAACCCCCUGCUCACCUGGAGGGAUGUCCAGCAUCUGCUGGUCAAAACCUCACGGCCGGUGCACCUGCGAGCGGCCGACUGGAAGACCAAUGGCGCAGGGCAUAAAGUUAGCCAUCUAUAUGGCUUCGGUCUGGUGGAUGCAGACGCUAUUGUGGUGGAAGCCAAGAAGUGGAAGGCAGUUCCUCCCCAGCACGUCUGCGUGGGAAGCCUGGACAGAGUGCCCAAGUACAUCCGGGCGGACCACGUGCUGCGUGCCAGCACCCUCAGCAGCGCCUGCGCCGAGCAUCGCGACCAGCACGUGCUCUACCUGGAGCACGUCGUGGUGCGGCUCAGCAUCUCGCACCCGCGCCGGGGCGACCUCCAGAUCAGCCUCGUCUCUCCAGCAGGGACCAGGUCGCAGCUCCUUGCCAGGAGGGUGUUCGACCAUUCCAACGAGGGGUUCAAGGGCUGGGAGUUCAUGACCGUCCACUGCUGGGGGGAGCGGGCAGCGGGGGAGUGGACCCUGGAGAUCCACGACAUGCCAUCCCAAGUGCGCAACCCCGCGGUUCAAGGGAAGCUGAAGGAGUGGAGCCUCCUCUUCUAUGGGACAGCUGAGCACCCCUACACUGCACUGGGCAGCCCCCAGUCCCGUGGGAGAAUGCUGGAGGUGCCGGCAUCGGAGACGGAGCCGUCGAGAGCUGCCUUCCUGCAGAGCCAGGUGGAGGUGGCAGAGGAGGAGGAGGAGUACGCAGGUCCGUGCCACCCCGAGUGCGGUGACCAGGGCUGCGACGGCCCCAGUGCCGACCAGUGCUUGAACUGCAUCCACUACAGCCUGGGCAGCGUGAAAACUGGCAGGAUGUGCGUGAGCUCGUGCCCCGCAGG